UCGUUCCUGUGAAGCGCCCUUCCUUCCCAAGUCGUCGGCCGAAGACCAUCCAUGGCGAUCUCCCUCCGCCUCCUCCUCCCCCUUCUCCUCCUCCUCCACCUCUUACACUUCUCGGCCUCCUCGUCCUCGGGGGUGCACGACGUCCUCAAGGAUCACGGCCUCCCCAAGGGCCUCAUCCCGCACUCCGCCAAGGACUACUCGCUCGCCGACGACGGCCAGUUCGUGGUGCAUCUCAAGGCCCCCUGCUACGUCCAGUUCUCCGAUCUCGUCUACUACGACCAGACCAUCACGGGCAAGCUCUCCUACGGCGCCAUCACCGACCUCGACGGCAUCCAGGUCAAGAAGCUCUUCGUCUGGUUCCCUGUCUCGGCCGUCAAGGCCCACCCGGAAUCCAAGACCAUCGAGUUCAAGGUGGGGUUCCUCUCUCAGUCGUUUCCCCUUAAGGAGUUCAAGGACGUUCCCGAUUGCGAGAAGAAGACGACGGCCUCCUGCCGUGGCGCCACCGGCUUCUCCCCUGAGGAAUUGCUUCCGGUUGCUGCGGUUUAAGCUGGAAGUUGCCAUGAAGUUCUAACGAUGCAGAUUGUUCGGUAUGUACAAGCAUAUGGUUACAUGAUAAAUGGUUUGUAUCUAUGGAAUAAAUGGAUACUUAGAUCUUGAGGUCCAGAGAACCAUAUUUAUAUGUUGUCUGUAAAACUAUUAUCGCAUAAAGUGAUACAAAACCCUUUUAUGUCGGUGA